AUGGAGAAGGCAUGCAAUUGGAAUGAUGGGCUGCGCAAUACUGGACUGGAGGUGUUGAACAAGCGCUUGGCUCGCAAGUUCUUUGCAACAACGACAACGACCAUCUACAUUUUGAAUUCUAGCGCUGCUUCCUUGAGCAUUUCAAACUAUAAGAACCAUCUUCAAUUGACUGGCUCAACCACUACCCCCAAUUAUCAAGAGUGA